AUGAUACAAGCAGGACGUAGGAGUGAAACAGGUGCAGGGACAUUUAUAUUGGUUCAUGAGGAUUCCUCUGAAAUUUCUAAAGCAAUUGAUAAACUUACCAAAAGGAGAGUAAGUGAGCAGUUAACAAGUAAACUUGGUUUUUCGCAGUCUGAAAAAAUAAAACCAUUAUCAAACAGAAUUUCAAAACCCAUACCGAGGAGAGAACAUUCACCUCCUCCAACAAAGGAGAUAUCAUCAUUGAACGACAAUUCCGAUAUCAAAGCACCUUUAUCCAGACAUCAGUAUCCUCAUGUUUCUUCCGAAUUCAAACGUGAAUUAGAAGAUGUAAUUAGCGGUAAAAUUAGAUUAAUAAGUGAACAAUCUAGCAAGAGUAGGAUCAAAAUACAAGAAACCAAAGACGAAAAGGACGAAGAAAAUGAGAAAGAAUUAGGAGCAGUUUCAAAAUCUAAAGACAAAAAGCCAAAUGAUAAAAGCGAACAGGAAGUUUACAAAGAGGAUAAUGAUCAGGAUGAAAACAAUAUGUAUGAUGAACUCGAACUUCCGCUUGACUGCAACAGAUUUAUUGAGCCUCAUUUUGAGAAAGCAGAUCAGAGAGGUGACCUAACUCAAAAACCUGCUUCCUUAAGUGAUGAAAAACCUGAGGAACCUGAUGAACCUUCUAUCUAUGCAGAGGCACAGCCUCCUCGCCAAGAAGCCUGGAAAAGUUAUGGUGCACAGGAUGAAGAGCAUCUGGAAAAUUAUGAAUUAAUAAAGAUUGGUGCAAGUCAAAACGCCCUGUGUAAAUCAUUUGACAGUACAACAAAUGACGAAGAGGAAAUUGAUGAUACAUAUGAUCAUGCAUUCCUGGCUGAAAAGAACUUAAAAAAAGAAAACAUUACAACUGACUCUAAAAACAUUUACGGUAUUUCAAGUGGAAAAGAGAUUUUAGAAGAAGAAACAGAUGGUGACCCUGAAUAUGAAUUUAUUGAAAAUUACGAUUGCCUUUAUUCAAAACAGAAAUGUAUACCCCAGGCAGAGGCGUUUGAAGAUGCUGAUAUUAGGUUAUAA